UGGGCUCAGUGACGCUGCGGCCGCCUCCGGCCCCGGUCCGAGCGCUCCGGGCGGGAGUGCGGUCGUGCAAUAGGAAGCCGAGGGUGGUGCAAGCUUCCCGUCGGGCACCAGCUACCUGGCCCAGCGCCCUGCCCAGUGCAUUCCUCAGACACCUCUGGGGCCCCCACCUGUGGCCCCCGGAGCCCUCUAACCGCGUCGGCCAUGCCUCUAAACCGCACUUUGUCCGUGUCCUCACUGCCAGGACUGGAGGAUUGGGAGGAUGAAUUCGACCUGGAGAACACAGUGCUCUUUGAGGUGGCCUGGGAGGUGGCCAACAAGGUGGGUGGCAUCUACACGGUGCUGCAGACGAAGGCGAAGGUGACAGGGGAUGAGUGGGGCGACAACUACUACCUGGUGGGACCGUACACGGAGCAGGGCGUGAGGACCCAGGUGGAACUGCUCGAGCCCCCGACCCCAGCCCUGAAGAGGACACUGGACUCCAUGAACAGCAAGGGCUGCAAGGUGUAUUUUGGGCGCUGGCUGAUCGAGGGGGGCCCCCUGGUGGUGCUCCUCGACGUGGGGGCCUCAGCCUGGGCCCUGGAGCGCUGGAAGGGGGAGCUGUGGGACACGUGCAACAUCGGGGUGCCCUGGUACGACCGGGAAGGCAACGACGCCGUCCUUUUUGGCUUCCUCACCACCUGGUUCCUGGGUGAGUUCCUGGCCCAGAGCGAGGAGAAACCACAUGUGGUUGCACACUUCCAUGAGUGGUUGGCGGGCAUCGGGCUCUGCCUAUGCCGUGCCCGGCGGCUGCCUGUGGCUACCAUCUUCACGACCCACGCCACGCUGCUGGGGCGAUACCUGUGUGCCGGUGCCGUGGACUUCUACAACAACCUGGAGAAUUUCAACGUGGACAAGGAAGCAGGUGAGAGGCAAAUCUAUCACCGCUAUUGCAUGGAGCGGGCGGCAGCCCACUGCGCUCAUGUCUUCACUACCGUGUCCCAGAUUACUGCCAUUGAGGCUCAGCACCUACUCAAAAGGAAACCAGAUAUCGUGACCCCCAAUGGACUGAAUGUGAAGAAAUUCUCUGCCAUGCAUGAGUUCCAGAACCUCCAUGCUCAGAGCAAGGCUCGAAUCCAGGAGUUUGUGCGGGGCCAUUUUUAUGGGCACCUGGACUUCAACUUGGACAAGACCUUGUACUUCUUUAUCGCUGGCCGCUACGAAUUCUCCAACAAGGGGGCUGAUGUCUUCCUGGAGGCCUUGGCCCGGCUCAACUAUCUGCUCAGAGUGAAUGGCAGCGAGCAGACAGUGGUUGCCUUCUUCAUCAUGCCAGCUCGGACCAACAAUUUCAACGUGGAAACCCUUAAGGGCCAAGCCGUGCGCAAGCAGCUUUGGGAUACGGCCAACACAGUGAAGGAGAAGUUUGGGAGGAAGCUUUAUGAAUCCUUGCUGGUGGGGAGCCUCCCAGACAUGAACAAGAUGCUGGACAAGGAGGACUUCACUAUGAUGAAAAGAGCCAUCUUUGCCACGCAGCGGCAGUCUUUCCCUCCUGUGUGCACCCACAAUAUGCUGGACGACUCCUCAGAUCCUAUUUUGACCACCAUCCGCCGAAUUGGCCUCUUCAAUAGUAGUGCCGACAGGGUCAAGGUUAUUUUUCACCCGGAGUUCCUCUCCUCCACGAGCCCCCUGCUCCCUGUGGAUUAUGAGGAGUUUGUCCGUGGCUGCCACCUCGGGGUCUUCCCCUCCUACUAUGAGCCUUGGGGCUACACACCAGCUGAGUGCACGGUUAUGGGUAUCCCCAGUGUCUCCACCAACCUUUCUGGUUUCGGCUGCUUCAUGGAGGAACACAUCGCAGACCCCUCAGCUUACGGCAUCUACAUUCUGGACCGGCGUUUCCGAGGCCUGGAUGAUUCUUGCUCGCAGCUCACCUCCUUCCUCUACAGUUUCUGCCAGCAGAGCCGGCGGCAGCGCAUUAUCCAGCGGAACCGCACGGAGCGCCUCUCCGACCUUCUGGACUGGAAAUACCUAGGCCGGUACUACAUGUCCGCGCGCCACAUGGCGCUGGCCAAGGCCUUUCCAGAACAUUUCACCUACGAGCCCCACGAGGCUGACGCGACCCAGGGCUACCGCUACCCGCGGCCAGCCUCAGUGCCACCAUCGCCCUCACUGUCGAGACACUCCAGCCCGCACCAGAGCGAGGAUGAGGAGGAGCCCCGGGACGGACCACCCGAUGAAGAUGGCGAGCGCUACGACGAGGACGAGGAGGCUGCCAAGGACCGGCGCAAUAUCCGCGCCCCGGAGUGGCCGCGCCGCGCCUCCUGCGCGUCUUCAACCGGCGGGAGCAAGCGCGGCUCGGUGGACACAGCGCCCUCCAGCUCAGUCAGCACCCCCAGCGAGCCCCUCAGCCCCGCCAGCUCCCUGGGCGAGGAGCGCAACUAAGUCCCCUGCCCCGCACUCCCCUGCCAACCCUGCCUCCCUUAUCUGGAGGGUGGAUGCAGAAUGGCGCUGUCCCUAAACUCCACUCCAGAUCCCCAACCCUCUGUGGGGUCCACAGCCCUACCCCCUCCGCCAUACACUCCAGCCCCUCUAGCUCCUCUCUCGGAAUCCCAAACACUCCAGAAUCCACAACGUGCCUUUCUUGGGUUCCAGAAUGCAUAAUCUGUGCCCUGGAGUCCCCCAGGCCAUCCCAGAGGCCAGGAAUCUGCCAUUAUCCUGCCAUGGUGCCAGAGGUUUUCAGAAACCUGCUCUGUUGCCUUCUGUGCUGGGGCUCCUUGAGCCCCUUGCGGCUUGCUAAUUUUACAGCAUACAGAGCCUGCCAUGCUCAGGCCUGGUCCGGGGCCACCAAGCACUGGAAACCACGUGGAGUCCCUGCUAAUGAGACAAUCAAGUCCAGAGCUGGGGCACUUUCAGGGACUUAAUGCAGGUUAACUCCAGAACUCCGGCUCCAGGCCAGUGCACUCGUGUUUACUCUGAUUUAGCCCUCCCUGGGGUGUCCGGCUCUGCCUGGAGGAUCCCUCCACCCCUGCUCCCUUCUUCUUCUGCACUUUGGCCAAGCAAGUGGGGGCAGAACCACUUGGCUUCUCAUUCCUAUUGGAGAACAAGCUGUCUUGGUCUAGAUGCCUUUCUGGCCUUUUCUGGACCAGACCCUACUCCUCCUUCCCCAUAUCUCUAAACUCCUGCGCCCUACAGGGAAUCCCUCUGCUGAGGACAACUGGCUGUCUUCCCCAGUACCUGCACACAUAACCCCCAACAGCUAGACCCACCAUGAAACCACUGGGUUCUAGGUCCCAGCUGCCAAACCUAGAACCUCGCCACUUUGCUGCAUCCUGGUCCCUUGCCUCUGGUCUAGAACUCAGCCCACUGGAUUCUAGAACCUCCAUAUUUACCUCGAGGCUCUUCCAUCCCUAAGCUGUGCCCUGCCCCCAGCUUUGGUGAAAGGGAGGUGCCCCUCACGUGUGCUGUGCCGUGUCUGCUGCCCUUGGUUUGCAACUGGGAGGGGGGAGGGCAGAAGGGGUGUGAUUGAAGUGUGUCCAGAGAUGAAAAAAUACAUCUAUAUUUAAGAAUCUCAGGUCUAGUCUGACCGGAGGGCUUGGUGGGCCUCAAUCCUGGCCCCGCCCUCCUCUUCCCUCCCUCCUCUUCACCUCUGAUUCCUCCCCUUGCCCACUGCUGAGUCCCAGUUCUCUUGUCUCAUUCUACUGUCUCAGAGACUUGGAUUGCCACUGGAUUCCAGUGUUAUUUCAAAGGAAGGCAACUCUCUUGUUUUUGACUCGACUUGCAAGUGGCAAAGUUGGCUCAGGCUCUUAGAUUCCUCAGUAGCACUAGCCAUAUGCAAGGGCUCAAUAGCCACUGUGGCCACAUGUGGCCCAUGGCUACCCUAUUGGACAGCGCAGAUACAGAACAUUUCCAUCACUGCAAAAAGUUCUAUUGGACAGCACUGGCUUAGAGCAUGUUUCUAGGACUCUGGCCUCUGGACUUUGGCCCUACUGUCCCCUGGAUGACUCUACUUUUGGAAAAAAAUCUUUUUCUCCUUUCAGUUCUAAUCAUCCCUAGGCUACACGUGCAUCUCUGAACCAAUCACUUUUCAGGGGAGUAGAAAGCUCUGAUUGUUUGA